UCACCUGAAAUAUUGGUUCGGUCCAAUAAAAUAAUCUAAAAAUUUAGAAGUAUAACUAAUACUUUCUGUUUAAUAAGAUUAUUCAUGUCAAUUUUAUACUGUAGCAAAUUUAAUCGCCUAUCUGACGAAAAUUUCUUACUUUUCCAUGACCUUCUUAUAUUCUGUGUGGAAUAAAUUCGUAUAAUGUUUUGACGUUGAUGGUAGAGUGUUAAAAGUUACUCAAAAAAUGAUUUUUUGAUAAUUACUUGCUUUUUGAGCAAAGAUGAACAUCAUGCGCAAGUUGCUUGUUGGCCACUCGAGGGGUGCUGCUAUGGGUGAGGAUCCGCCCCAGUCUACACAGCACACUGCACUGGGGCUGAUGCACUUGCAUAAGUUGUUCAGUGAGUUCGCUCACCCCCCGCAUCCCUUGAGCCAGACAGAGCAGGAACAACGUCUCUACAAUAUGCUGCCCUUGUUUUGCAAAGUUUUUGGAAAUUGUCCCUCAUCUGACAUGAUAGAAAAAUUCACAGAUAUCUUGACUUUUUGUCAACUAGUUUCUAGACUUAUGGUAUCAGAAAUACGCCGGAGAGCAUCAAAUCAAAGUACUGAAGCUGCUAGCUGCGCAAUUGCUAAAUUUUUAGAAAUCUCCAGUACAGAAGAACAUAGUAAUGGAUGGAUGCUGCUGACUGCUGUCAAUCUACUGGCCGCUGGCAAUGCUCCUUUGGUGGAUAUCAUGACUGCUGCCUCUUUACCCUCAACUCUAGUGAAGUGCCUGUAUCUAUUUUUUGAUUUGCCUCCCAUAGAAAACCCAGAUGAUAUUGAACCAGAUUGUGAAUUUUCUCCCAAAGAAAGAAGAAUUUUGCUGCAAAAAGUUUUUGUUCAGGUUUUGGUGCGGCUUUGUAGCCACUCUGGCCCAGCAGAAGAAUUGAGCAGAAAGGAUGAUCUCACCCUUUUAUUCAGUGCUAUCACAAGUUGGUGCCCUGCACAUAAUACCGUUUGGAGGAAAAGUGCUGCAGAGGUGCUAAUGACGCUUUCCCGCCAUGGGCUUUCCCAUUCUGUUGUUAGUUAUAUCCACAAUAAAGCUUGUAUAGCACUUUGUAUUGAAAACAUGCAAAGAGUUCAAGAGUUAUCCCCGCUGGAAAUUGUAGAGAUGUUUGUUACUGUAUUUUGCUUCUUAAAAGACUCCAGUGAAGUGUCCCAACUGAUAUUGGAUGACUUUCGAACUUGCCAGGGAUACAUUUUUCUGUCUGAGUUUCUUCUUAGGCUAGAACAGAAUACUUCUGAAGAAGCAUGUGAAGCCCUUCGUAAUAUAGUUCUGCUUAUUGCUUCCCUCACUUCUUGUGGUUACAUUGAGCUAAAACCUAGUCUUGCAAGCACAGGCUCUUUGUUUCAGCUUCCGGGUUUCCAACUUCCUCAUUCAUCAGGUUCAAGUGUGCGAAACCUUCAAGCAUUCCAAGUGUUACAAUCAGUAUUUAUGAAGGCACAGACUUCAUAUUUGUGUGGCCUAUUACUAGAUGCUGUCAGCACAGUGUAUCAUUCAGACAAAGCCAAUUACUUUAUACUGGAAAGUCAACAUACCCUCUCCCAGUUCUCUGAAAAAAUUCAUACAAAACCCCCUGAAAUUCAGGAAAAAUUUUUCAAGUUGUUGGAAUUUAUCAUUUUUGACUUGAAUUUUGUGCCUUGUAAAGAAUUUAUUAGUUUGAGUAUUCUUCUGAAAACACAGAAUUCCACAACUUGUAGUAUGUUGUGUCUGAAGAGUUUGCUGAACAUUUUACAUUCCAAUUCUGUAUUUAAAGAUGUAUAUAGAGAAGUGGGCCUUUUGGAAGUUUUAGUUACAUGUUUGCACAGGUAUGCUGCAAUUCUGAAAGAAGCAUUCCCAGAUACUUCAGAUGAGAAGCCAGCAACCUGGGAAAUUCCUGAAGACCAAUUGACCUUAGGUUCUCUUGUAAUGGAUGCCUUAACAGCCUUGCUGAAUUCUAAUUCCAGCAAUGCUAGUGUAUUUAGAGAAAGUGGAGGUGCUCGUUGUGCACAUAACAUGGUUCCUUAUCAUAUAUGUCGUCAAGCUGCAUUAGGUAUUGUUCAACAACUUGUGCUUAGCAAUGGAGGAGAUGAUGACAUGGGAACUCUGUUAGGAUUGAUGCACACUGCACCAGUUCUGGCAUUAGAUUUGAAAACACAUAUUUUAAAGUCUUUGUUAUAUGUGCUAAGAGAAAGCCAUCGAACUCGCACAGUCUUUCGCAAAGUGGGAGGUUUUGUAUAUGUGAUGUCUGUGUUGGUGUCCAUGGAAGGUUGCUUAGCAGACCCUCCUAAGCCACCCUGGAAUACUGUGGAAAAGAAAGAAAUUCUCGUUCUUCUCCGUACUUUAUUUCAUACCUUGGCUAUGGCAAUGAGAUAUGAACCUGCCAAUGCAAGAUUUUUUGCAUCAGAAAUCUGCCAUACCAGCUUAACAGACACAGUUCGUUUACUUGGGUGUUUCAGUAAUCACACCUCAUUAUAUGACUGUUGUGAGAAGGCUUCUUCUUUACCAGAUGACCAUGUCUUUCAUUUAAUAUUUUCUUUAACAAAGGAUAUAAAAACUGCUACUGUCUCUAGUGUUCCAACACCUCUCAUUUCAUCAUGUUUGAUUUUCAGGCUGUUAUAUGAUACAGCUACAGAUGCUUUUGAUAAACCAAACAUUCCCAAUCUGUCAACCCCUCUGCAUCGUGUCAGUUCAGAAUCAAAGCCACAAACACCUGAUUCGCCACCUGUUAGUUCCCCCAGUAGGCGUUCAGGAUUUACUAUGAAUUUUUCUCCACCUGCUCCAGAUCCUAUGAUAGUUCAUCCAGGAGUUGUUGUGUCAAUGCAUCAUUUACUUCCAUCCAUACGCUAUGAUGCCAAUCCUCAAAUGGCAUUAACUCUCCAGAUGUAUUUAGCAGAAGUACUUCGGUCUUUAGUUAGAUCUGAGAGAAAUCAACAAGUGAUGUGUGAAUCAGGGCUUCCAGGCGAGUUACUCGCCCACUGUCACAUUGCUUUGGAAAAUGAGACUCAUUCUCUUCAUCCUCCACUACAAUACAUUCUUGAACGUCUCUCGGCACAAUCUCUCGAACCAAAAGAUCUUAGAGAAUUUUUACGAUUAGGUUCACCAUUAUGUUGCACCCCCUUUGAUGAAGAUGCUCAGGACAAUUUAAAAUCAACAGGGAAAAGUGUACGGCCUGCAAAUCAUAGAGAUGGAGGACCUGUUCCUCUCACAAGGGUUAAAACUCUGGUAUCCAUGACAACUCCUCGUGAUUGCCGUCUCCAUGGAACUUCUAUAAUGCCUCCUUUUGUGGAAUUUGACAUGAGUUCAGAAGGAUUCAGUUGUCUGUAUCUGCCAAGUAUAGCUCCUCAAAGUGUUUCAACUCCUGCUGUUGUAGGAGUUGGCAUUGUUGCAAUGGGCUCAGAUGCCUCAGUAAUUGGUGGAAUAGGAACUGGAGACAGAGUGUUUCCUCCUCAAACUGGUCUGUCUUUCUGUACUUGGAUCUGUUCUGAAAAAUUUAGUGAUCCUCAUUCAGAUCCUCAUGCAAUCAGGCUUUUGACAUUAGUGAGAAAUAUACAGGGAAGGGAUGAGCAGUUGAUCUGUCUUAGUAUACAAAUUUCGUCCAGAGAUAAAGCAUUAUUAAUUUCAACUACAGAAACAAUGAUGGAUCAAUCAACUGGUUUGGAUUGGGAACCAGAAGAACGAGAGGAAUGCUGUGUCCGUGUAUGGUGCCCUGAGCUUUUGCAAGAAGGACAAUGGCAUCACCUUACUAUUAUUUUAAAUCGAGCGGUUCUUAAAAAUAGUUCUGUCUCAGUUUAUAUAGAUGGGCAACAUCACAAUACCCAGAAGUUGCACUACAUUUCUCAAAAUCCUGGUGGUGGUGCUGCUAAUUUAACUGUAGCAACUUCUAUCUUUGGCUUUAUUGGUACACCACCUCAGUUUCGAAGGCAAUCCAGAUUAUUAUGGAAACAAGGUCCAUGCCACUUGGUUGAAGAAGUACUCUCUCCUGUUGCUAUUGCUAUGCUAUACCAAUUAGGACCUUGUUAUACAGGCAGUUUCCAAGCUCCAACUUUAUCUGGUGUUGAUGUGCAUCAACCUCUUGUAGCAGAAGAAAAAAUUGUCUUUGGCAUCAAUGCUGCUGCUGUAUCUGUUAUGACUCUGGCAAAAAUUCGAAGAGUUUACAGCAAGGCAGAUUGUAGAUCUAUAGCAAAAAUGCUGGGCAUGUCUUCCCAUGAAAAUGCUACACCUAUACAUAUUUUACAUAAUUCUGGAGGCCAUUUAAGUGGUCCUGCUCGCUGCUUGGGUGGAAUUCUUGUUGGAUAUCUUGGUGCUAGAACUUUUGUUCCUCAUCCUGUUUCUUUAACAAUUGAUAAUGUUGGUGGAACAGCUACUUUGUUGGGUCUAGUUGCAAUGGCAAAAGAUGUUGAAGGUCUAUAUGCAGCAGUAAAGGCUUUGGUCUGUGUUGUGAAAAGCAACAGAGCAGCACAACAAGAAAUGGAUAGAAUGAAACGAUAUCAGACAUUAGCCAUGCUUCUUAAAAAAAAGAGAAGUCUCUUGAACAGCCACAUACUUCAUUUGACUUUCUCGUUGGUUGGAACAGUUGAUAGUGGUAGAGAAAGCACUUCCAUCCCUAAUGUUUCAGCAUUUGAGGAUCUUUUAUGUGAUCUAGAGGUAUGGCAAGAUUCUCCUGGUGAUCUCCAAAAAUCCUUGUAUGAGCAUUUUUGUGAACUUGCUGCUGAAUCUAGUGAACACAGAUCCAAUAUCAAAGUCCUCCGUGAUUUAAACAUGGUUAGUCGUCUUUUGCAUGUUCUGAAACAAUUACAUUUAUCAUCAGCCACUUGUCGUAUACUUUGCCGUCUGCUGUGUAUUUUGCUACAGGAUACAAACAGGAAUGUGGAUUUGAGAUGUUUUGGACAGUUUAUUGCUGCAACUAUUCCUUUAUCUUCUGUAAAAGAAAAAGAAAUGAAUGUAACAGGAAAUAUCAAUAAUGCUCUUGUAAAUACUGAAAAGAAAGAUUUUGUUGACUCUAAAAAUAACCAGAAUAUUCUGCUCAGGAACCAUUGCCUUGCCUUACUUUCUUCUUUACUGUCAAGAUCAGGAACAGCCAAUUAUACGUUCUGUGAAACAGUCAUAAAAUGCUUAGGGUAUGACUGGGUUUUACUUUUCAUUCAGGAACAUUUGCAUCCUACUACUAUUGUGUGGGGACUAAAAAUUUUAGCAGUCUUUUUAAGCCAUCAACAUCUGCUUUUAAUAUUUAGAGAAUCAUCGAUGAAUGGAGGAUGGUUAGCUGAAACUGAAGCUGUAUUAAGCAAUCGAGUUGAUCUUGCUUUAGGAUUUAAUGUAAGUGGUACCAAUAUGAAAUCAUCCUUUGGUAGUGUUGAUGUCACAGAUGAAGCCUCUCAUGUUCCUGGAUUCCAACAUCUUCAGUACCUAAUGGUGUACCAUGUAGAAAUACCAGAAGCCUACCUUUUGUUAUUGUCUAUUUUAUUAGGUCUUUUCCCCGCUCCUUUGCCUCAAACUAUUAAAUUCACUCCAGAAGCUCUCUGGAAAUAUUUGUUUGGUGCACCUACAGGCCAAACUCCUAAUAAUCAAAUUAUUCCAAGAGGAGAAAUCUGUCAAGAAGCUUGUGUUGUUGUCUUGGCUAUGAUCAGAACAAUUAUACAUAGUGCUAUCGAUUUGGAUGAUGCUGUGUCAGACUAUACAGUUACACUUAUACGUUUCUUCGUGUCAUUAUAUCACAACCGUACUGAUUUUCUGAGUAUAUGUAUGUCACAAGAAGUCAUCAGUGCUUUAGUGUGCACUUUAUUCACACCUAAUCCACCUGCUCCUGAACAGGAUAUUGUCAAUUCUCCAUUAGAUGACUUCCAAAAUUUUGAUGCUGAACAACAAUUUGUAUUUCUACAAUCCAAAGACAGUUCAAGUUAUUAUGAAAGAGACUCUCUAACUACCCAUAGUGCUCGGAAAUAUGUAAUGGAUUUCUUACGUGUACUUGUGGUUGAUAGUUUUUCCUUGCCACCAAUGCCAAAACAUACACCUGUCAUAGAUCUUCUUUUGGAAGCUGUACCAAUAGACUCUACUCACAAUCAACAAUGUGAAUUUCAAAUUGAGAUUUUAUCACUUGUGAUGGACCAUUUGCUGGCUGCUGAUGUUCUUCUUGGAGAGCAGGCAGCCAUGCCUAUUAUUGCUGGUGGUAGCUACAACAAUAUUGUGCCAAAUGUUUUCUACUUUACUAGUUGUCUUGUUGAUAGACUUUGGCAUGGAGUUUUUGCAAAAGAUUGUCAUAAAGUGUUUGAUUUUAUAAUAAAAUUGAUAGCACAAGCCAAAAGAAAAGGUUCUUCGAUAUCAUUAGAUAGUAUAUAUCACAGUCUUAAUAGGACCAUUCUUUACCAGCUGUCCAGACCCAUGGAAAAUGUUGUGGAUCAAAUGGUGGUACUUGAAGGAUUACAAAAAAUUGCUGCUCAUAAAAAUAUAAUUUUAUCUCCUGUGAAUCAUGAAAAUGAAUUUUUUGGGUGUCUUAGCUAUUGCUUGUUCCAAUUUACUGAAAAUCCAAAUCAAAGUAAAAAUGCUAAUCAACAAACUACAUGGCAUGUGCCUGCAAAUUGUAGAGAACAAACUGAAACCAAUCAUCGUACAUCAGCUCAAGAAGCUGCAUCCUUAAUAUCCAAUGCUGCAAACAGAGUUUGGGAAGAAUUGUAUAAUAGUCGGAGACAAGCUUUGGAAGAAGUGUGUAAAAUGCCUUUGAGUGGUUUUACAUCUCAUACUCAAAAUGCUAAAGUACCAAGUCUAGAUUCUUUGAGGUCAGUAUUGCAUGAACCCAUUGGCAAGUGCUGGCAGAACUACUUGGAUAGUGAAAGGAAACAAGGAUAUACUAAAGAAACAUGGUUUUUCCAAUCACAGUUUCAAUCAAAACUCCAGAAAGUAACUGGUGGUUUAUCUCGACUUGCAUCAAGAAAAAUUAAAAAAGACCAUACCUAUCGUGUUCCCCUCAGCAAUAUUUCAUAUAAAGAAUUGGAGCUUUAUACUUCAUCUCAUUUGUCAGUUGUUCGAGAAUUGGUAGAAUUUCAGUCCAAACAGUAUCAACAAAAUAAACAAUAUUUGCAAAAGUAUGUUUUUAAUGAAUGGUUACAAACUGAAGCUGAAUUGACAAGAGAACGUGCUCUUUGGGGACCUCCAGUUGGUUCAAAAUUAGAUAAAUGGAUGUUAGACAUGACCGAAGGACCAUGUAGAAUGAGGAAGAAGAUGGUUAAAAAUGAGCUUUUUUACAUCCAUUAUCCAUAUCGGCCUGAAGUUGAGGGUGGAGAAAAUAGGGCACUGAAGUAUAAAGUAGCCACAAGUUUUGAUAGUAAAGAGUAUUACAAGAGAUGGAGGCCUGAAAAUAUGGUGGAACAAGACACUAUAUCAAUGGAUGCAGCUUCUCUAGAAAGUGUAGAUAUUUCAAAUGAUACAGAAUCUUCAGAAGAAAGAGAAAUAGGUUUCCAAGGCCUUCGUGCUGCUUGCCUGUUAUCUAGAUCAUCUGCCAAUCGUUCAAGUGAUUGGGAUGAUGAUCAAGAUAUAUCAGAGACCACUACUGAAGGUUCUGGUGAUCAAGAUUCCAAAAGCAGUGACAGCAGUCCAGAAAAUCAAAAUAUCUUAAGGUUAUUAGAAGAUGGAGAAAAAAUUAGUCAUAUGUUUCGAUGUGCAAGAAUUCAAGGACUUGACACAUGUGAAGGCUUGUUACUUUUCGGAAAAGAACACUUUUAUGUAGUUGAUGGUUUUACACUAUUGAAGACUCGUGAAAUUCGAGAUAUUGAUUCUUUGCCUGCUAACAUGCAUGAUCCAAUUAUACCCAAUUCAACUCCUGUAAGCAAACAUCAAAAACGAAUGUGCAGUAAAUUUUCUUAUGAUGAAAUCAGAGAUGUUCAUAAACGCAGAUAUUUAUUGCAGCCCAUAGCUCUUGAAGUUUUCUCAGCUGAUGGCCGAAACUACCUUCUUGCAUUUCCUAGAAUGAUUACAAAUAAAGUUUAUGCUCGGUUUUUGUCGGUUGCCACUGCUAUUACAGAUAAUGCACAAGAAUCUUUAGCUGGUCAAAAGAGAACUGCAAAUGUUGAAUCUAGUGCUAAUAUAUUUACUAGUCUGAUUAGUGAUACAUCCGUGACAAAGCGUUGGGUUAGAGGCGAAAUUAGUAACUUUCAAUACUUAAUGCAUUUGAAUACUCUGGCUGGUCGUUCCUACAAUGAUUUAAUGCAGUAUCCUGUUUUUCCUUGGAUAUUAGCAGACUAUGAUUCUGAGGAACUUGAUCUUAAUGACUCUCAAACAUUUCGUGAUUUUACAAAACCCAUGGGUGCUCAAACUCCUGACAGAUUAAAUCAAUUUCAAAAACGUUUCAAAGAAUGGGAUGAUCCUCAUGGUGAAACUCCCCCAUAUCAUUAUGGAACAUUUUAUUCAUCAGCUAUGAUUGUAGCUUCAUAUCUUGUGCGAAUGGAGCCUUUCACCCAGCAUUUUUUACAUUUACAGGGUGGUCAUUUUGAUCUGGCUGACCGUAUGUUUCAUAGCAUUAAAGAUGCUUGGCUUUCAGCUGCCAAACAUAACAUGGCUGAUGUUAAAGAGCUCAUUCCAGAAUUCUUUUAUUUACCAGAGUUCCUUUUGAAUUCCAAUCAUUUCGAUUUAGGUUCUAAACAAAACGGUGUGCCUUUAAAUGAUGUAGUUCUUCCACCAUGGGCCAAGGGUGAUCCCAGAGAAUUCAUUCGUGUACAUAGACAAGCUCUUGAAUGUGAUUAUGUGAGUGCUCAUCUUCAUGAAUGGAUUGAUUUAAUAUUUGGCUUCAAACAACAAGGGCCUGCAGCAGUUGAAGCUGUUAAUGUAUUUCAUCAUUUAUUCUAUGAAGGAAAUGUUGACAUUUACAGCAUUGACGAUCCUCUUAAAAAGAAUGCUACCAUUGGAUUCAUCAAUAAUUUUGGACAAAUUCCUAAACAACUUUUUAAGAAAGCACAUCCAUCUAAGAAGUUAACCAACCGCACUAGUGUAAUAGAUCCUGGACCAAUAAUGCCUGGAUUGAGUUACAGUUUAGACAAAUUGUUUUUUCACAAUUUAGACAAUUUAGAACCAUCAAAACAUUCUAUUAAAGAUUUGAAGGGACCAGUUGGACACAUUAUUUUUCAUGAAAAAACUUUGAUGGCUGUGGAACAACAUAAAAUCCUUGUCCCCCCACAUUAUUCUCGGUAUGUAGCAUGGGGCUUUGCUGAUCACAGUAUUAGAAUAGGUAUGUAUGAAGUGGAACGAGCCUUGUUUGUGUGGGAAGAUACCCCUGCAGGUGAAAUUCUAUGCUGUGCUGCUCCAAAUGAUAAAAUAAUCAUCACUGCUGGCACUAAUUCAAUGGUAACAGUCUGGCAAUAUGAUAAGAAAAAACUGACCAUCAAGAAGAACUUGUAUGGUCAUACAGAGCCCAUCACAUGUCUUGCUGCGUCCCGUGCGUAUAACUUAAUUGUCAGUGGAUCUCGGGAUAGAACCUGUAUUUUGUGGGAUCUCAGCCGUUUAGUUUUUGUACGUCAGUUGCUCGGUCACCCUGCCCCUGUUGCAGCCAUUGCAAUAAAUGAAGUUACGGGUGACAUAGCAACAUGUGCUGGGACCCACUUAUUCCUAUGGUCUAUCAAUGGUGACGAGAUUGCAUCAGUCAACACUGCCACCGGUAGAGCGGACAGGACGCAACAGAUUCUUUGUGUGGCCUUUUCUUUUCUCAAUGAAUGGGACAAUCAAAAUGUGGUGAUGACUGGUUCCAGUGAUGGUGUGGUUCGUAUGUGGUCUGCUGAUUAUGUUCAGAUCCCUGAAGACACUAAUUUAACGAUGGAAGAAAAUCAGAAAGAUUCUUCAACAGAUAAGAAACAAGUUUCGAAAACAUCUGAGAAAGAAGAAACUGUGACAGAAAACAAAGCUGCUGAAAUUGUUCGCCGUAUGAGCUUGGCCGGCUCCAAGGAUAUUGGAGAUUUGAUGCAGCGUAGUACUCUUUGUGCUACUGAUAAAUCUCGUUUCACAAAAAGUGCAUCAGGGAGCUCACUUUCAGAGGAAGAAAAGGAUGAUGAUGAAUUUGAAGAUUUAGAAGAAGAUGUUAAAGCACAAGAAGCUGAAGCCAAAUCUUCAUGUGAUUCUAAAGAAAUUCCAAAAGACAGUCUCAUUCCAACAUCUCAAAUUCAACAUUCCAAAACAGUCUCUGGUUUCCAUAGCAGUGAGAUUGAAUCAAGUUCUAAAGAUUCUUCUAAAACCAAAAAACUUGUUCAUUCUGAGAAUUUUGAAUGUCCAGUAGAGCAACCUAGUAGUUUCCAACGUUGUAGCACAGUUGGCCCUGAAGUGUCUGUAAACACUGAUGAGAUUUCGGAAACUACCAGCAGCAAAAUGAGGCUCAGUAAGUCGGACACAUCUCUAACAGAUUCUUUUGUGAUGGUUUCUGAAAAUGAGGGCCUUGAAGGAGAACGAAUGCCAGAUGGUUCUAUAGUUAGAAGCAAGAAAAAGAAGAAAAUUCUUAAGGAUGGUUUCAGAUGGCAUUGUCAGUUAGUGUUUAGAAGUAAGCUAACAAUGCACACUGCAUUUGAUAGGUCUGACAAUACUGAACCAGCUGCUGUGACAGCUCUUGCUGUAUCCAGAGAUCAUAAAACAGUGUAUGUGGGUGAUGCCAGGGGUCGUGUGUUUAGCUGGAGUGUGACGGAUAAACCUGGUCGUGGAAUUGCUGACCAUUGGGUAAGAGAUGAAGGAGGAAGCGAUAGUUGUACAACUUGUAGAGUUCGCUUCUCUUUUUCAGAACGUAGGCAUCAUUGUCGUAAUUGUGGACAACUCUUCUGUUCCAGGUGCAGUCGAUUUGAAUCAGAAAUAAACAGACUUCGGAUUCCGCAUCCAGUCCGUGUCUGCCAGAGCUGCUAUAACCUCCUGAAAACUCAACAGGAAGGAUCUGCAGCAUCUUAGUGAUGAUAACUAGACAUUUAUAGAAUAUAUAUAUAACAGAAAACUAUUUUGUUUCAUAGCAUAUUUUUUUUAUUUUCCUCCAUUGGAAUUGUGCUUUCUCUACAACCAUAUCCUACAAAAGAACAGAUGAUGAAUGUAUUUAUAACUUAUAUAUUUCUCAUUGUUACAGCAAUCCAUGAACUAGUGGCUAGUAUGGUCACUCCAUUGUAAUGAAUGUGUAUCUCCAUUUUUCUAAUGUCACAAUAGCUUGUAAAAAAUGUUGAUAGAUGAUUUCAUUGAUUUUUCCUAAGUGCUACAGCUGAAGCUGAUAAGAUUAAUUCCCAUGUAAGGAUUUUAGAUUGGAUGACAGCUUAGCAAUAUCCAUUCUACUUUGAUUAUGUAAAAUUUCUAGAAUAAAUUUUGAUAUAAAGAGCUAGUCAAAGGUCGUUUCAACUUCAGAGAAUGUAGCUAUAAAUAAUAUUUGAGUUUCAUUAUUUUUAAUGAAAUGGAAGAAUUUAAUUUUUUAAAGAUAUUUUCUUUUUAUGUAAUUUAAUCAAUUAUUGAUUGGAAUACUUAUUCAAUUCAAAAAUCAUGAACGAGAAUGAAUUUUAAUUUUUUAAAUUUUUAACUGAAUUAUGGAAUGAUUUUAAAAAUUUAGUGACAUUUUUUAUACACCUCACUCUUAUUUUAAUUACGAUAUUACAGAUUGCUUUAUUAGAUUUUUAGUUCAUGUACAACAUAAUUUUAUUUGCUAUAAUUAAAGAAACAUAUUAAAAAAAUUAUUUGAAUUUUUAUGUUUGACAUCUUACAGUGAAUAUGAAUCUUAUGCUUUAUUUUUCUAUAAAGAAGCUUAGUUUGUGUGAAUUAAAUUAUCUAUUUUACUUUAUAAUGAUGAGUGCUAAAUUCUUGUUCUUACAAAUGAAAUUGUAUUUGUUUUUAUUUUUUUAUUAAAAAUGCAUGGAAUUAUUGUGAAAUGUAUAUAGCAUGUAAUUGUUCCUUUUCUUUUUCUGUAUAUAUGCUUAUAUUUAAUUUAUUUAUGUACAAAAAUAUGUGCUAAAAAAGAUAUGCGAGAUUUAUUUUUAGGAUCUCAACAAAAAUCAUAAAGUUUUAUAGAUAUUUGUCCCAUAGGACAAAAACCUGUACAUCACCAUCAUGAUUUUCUAGUUUGUACUGCUUAAAUGUGUGUAAAGUUAUUUCAUAUUACAUAAUCAUUGUGUAUACAAUAAGUUAAAUGUUGCAAUUGUGUAAAGUGUAAAUAUGAUACACUGUAGUAUAUUAUUUGAUUGAGAAGAUCAUUUAAUUCAAAAUAAAACCAAUGUGAUUACA